AUGCAUAGAAAAAAUCGGGGCCCUCGUAAAGUUAUUGCAGUCACAGCCAAAUAUUCUUACAUCGAUUACUCAGAACUUAGUCAUUUAUCUCAACCUUGUGCCGCAGAUUUUGUAUCUGGUCUUGAUAGCUUACAUCAAUCUCACAUUAGUUAUUCUCAACAAUCUCCUCAACUUCAUCAACCUAAUCAUUCGUCUCAGCUCAAUGUCACCAAUUCUGUUGAUCCUGACAAUUCAUUUCGACAAAAUAACAAUUCUGAUUCUACACUCAAAUCAUUUGGGCUUGAUGUUAGCGAUCCUAUUGUUGCUCCUGAUUUCCCGUCUCAACUUUAUGUCUCUAAUUCUGGAAAGGAUUCAUCUCAGCAUCAUAUUAACAACAAUUACUUGCCUCCUGAUGAUAAUCCUAAUCAAUUAUUUAAACACGAUGCCAUCAAUUCUAUCGAGCCUAACGACUCACGUCAAUUAGAUGCAGACAAUACCACUGAAUUCAAUCACUUAUCUCACAACUCUGUCGAACUUAACAAUUAUAGCGCUGAAUUUAAUUACUUCUCUCAGCGCUAUGGCGCUAAUUCCAUUGCUGUUGAGUAA